GCAUUAGCCUCAGAUUAAUUAACCAGCCAGACUGAGUGAUCACACCGGAACUCACGUGCACUUAUAUUGAUCCGUGCUCGCACAUCGAUCAAUGGCGAUCUAUGGCAACGUGAGCGACGGCGCCGGGGCGGACGACAGCAACAUCAUCCUGAACCCGGAGUUCGAGUCCGGGCUGGACAACUGGUCCGGGAGCGGGUGCAAGAUCGAGCUGCACGACUCGCUGGACGGCGGCAAGGUGCUCCCGGCGAGCGGCAAGUACUUCGUGGCGGCCACGGGGAGGACCGACACGUGGAACGGCGUCAUGCAGGACGUCACGUCCCGGCUGCAGCGCAAGACGGCGUACGAGGCCACGGCCACCGUGCGGCUCUCGGCCGGCGCCGGCAGCGGCGCCGCCGUGUCGCCGUGCGAGGUCCGCGCCACGCUCGCCGUGCAGACGGCCGAGGGCAGGCAGCAGUACAUCGGCGUCGGAAAGUUGCAAGCUUCAGACAAGGACUGGGUGCAGGUGCAGGGGAAGUUCCUGCUGAAUAGCACCGUGGCCAAGGCCACCAUAUACAUCGAAGGGCCGCAGGCCGGCGUCGACCUGCUUCUCAACUGCUUGGUGGUGAAGCACGCGCAGAAAGCCCCGCCGUCCCCGGAGCCCGACUUCGAGAACCUUGAGUACGGUGCCAACAUCAUCCAGAACAGCAACCUGGACGACGGGCUCAACGGCUGGUUCCCGCUGGGCCCGUGCGCGCUGGCCGUGGGCGACGGGUCGCCGCGCGUGCUCCCUCCCAUGGCGCAGGAGUCCCUCGCCCUCGACGACGAGCCGCUCAACGGGAAGCACAUCCACGUCACCAACCGCACGCAGACGUGGAUGGGCCCGGCCCAGAUCAUCACCGACAAGCUGACCCUCCACGCCACGUACCAGGUCUCUGCGUGGGUCCGCGUCGUCGCGGGCAGCGGCAAGCAGACGAUGAGCACUACUUCCCCGCAGAACGUCAACAUCGCCGUGGCCGUCGACAGCCAGUGGCUCAACGGCGGGCAGGUCCUGGCGCGCGACGAGCGCUGGUACGAGAUCGGGGGCUCGUUCCGCGUCGAGUCCAAGCCGGCGUCGCGCGUCAUGGUGUACGUCCAGGGCCCCGACCCCGGGCUGGACCUCAUGGUCUCAGGCUUCCAGGUGUUCCCCGUCGACCGCAAGGCCCGGGUCAAGCACCUCAGGAAGCUCACCGACAAGGUGCGCAAGCGUGACGUGGUGGUGAAGCUCACUGUGUCCGGCGCCGACGGGGCGCCCGUGAAUUAUGCCACCGCCGGGGACGGCGUGGAGGUGCGUGUGCGGCAGGUGUCCAACAGCUUCCCUUUGGGCGCGUGCAUCAUGCGGACCAACAUGGACAACGAGGACUUCGUGGACUUCUUCACCAAGAACUUCAACUGGGCCGUGUUCGGGAACGAGCUCAAGUGGUACUGGACGGAGCCGCAGCGCGGGCAGGUGAGCUACGCCGACGCCGACGACCUGCUCAAGCUCUGCGCCGACAACGGCAUGUGCGUGCGCGGCCACUGCAUCUUCUGGGAGGUGGACAACAUGGUGCAGCAGUGGGUGAAGACGCUCUCCACGGACGAACUCUCCGCCGCCGUCAAGAGCCGGAUCGAGGGCCUGCUCACCCGGUACAAGGGCAAGUUCCGGCACUACGACGUCAACAACGAGAUGCUGCACGGCUCCUUCUACCAGGACAAGCUGGGCAAGGACAUCCGCGCAGCCAUGUUCAAGUCCGCCGGCGAGCUGGACCCGGACGCGCUGCUCUUUGUCAACGACUACAACGUGGAAGCCAUGUGCGACAUCCGGGCCACGCCCGAGGCGUACAUCGAGCAGAUCAUCGGCCUGCAGGAGCAAGGAGCGCCCGUGGGUGGGGUCGGGCUGCAGGGCCACGUCAGCAACCCGGUGGGCCCCGUGAUCCGGUCCGUGCUGGACCGGCUCGCCGUGCUCGGCCUGCCGCUCUGGUUCACGGAGCUGGACGUGUCGGCGGCCAACGAGCACGUGCGCGCCGACGACCUGGAGGUGAUGCUGCGGGAGGCGUACGCGCACCCGGCCGUGGAGGGCGUCAUGCUGUGGGGCUUCUGGGAGCUCUUCAUGAGCCGCGACUGCUCGCACCUCGUCAACGCAGAGGGGGACGUCAACGAGGCCGGACGCCGGCUGCUGCAGCUCAAGAAGGAGUGGCUCACGCACGCGCACGGCCGCGCCGACGAGAACGGGGAGUUCAAGUUCAGGGGACACCACGGCUCGUACCGCGUCGAGGUCGUCACGCCCGCGGGCAAGGUCUCGCAGGAGUUCACCGUCGACAAGGACGACUCGCCCAUGGUGCUCAACAUUAACGUGUGAACCGGUGCGCGAUCGAAUAUCGAUAUAUGGUGGGGAAAUUACGUACGUGACGUCCUACAUAUGCUUACAUGAUGCAUUGCUUUAUGCCAACCUAAGCCCCGUAUCGAUGUCUAAGAAAUAAGGGGCGAACCAAAUUCAUAUGUUUAUUGGCUUGGUAAUUCGUAUGAUAUGCACGCAACAUGCGAUUUGGUACUGCAAUUCUAUGAUGUAUUUGUAAGAAACAAUGGGCAAAUCAAAUUCAUAUGUUUCACAAUUUGA